GUUCGUUUUUCUUUCGCCACGUUCUCAGUUUGCGUUUGAUCGGCGUUCCAACUGGACACAGCUCAGUGAUAAACGGCUCACGUGACCAACAUACAUACGCACCAUUAUUUCUGAUCGACAUUCGCUACCAAAAUGUUUAACUUUACGCAUUUUGCCUUCGUUGCGUGGUGCCUGCUGAGUGUUGUUUUGGCGCGCACCCAUAAACGCAGCCAGUUGGCUGCUUCACAUUUGGCCGCCUAUUUGCCUGAUAGUAGUUUACGCAGCAGUCGUCCGACACCGGACGCUUACGAUGCCGAACGUAAUCUAUUCUUUCGCUAUGAGGAAUCCAAGGGGCUGGGCGCCGAAAUUGAGUUGAACGAACAAGAAUUGCUUGCCAAUAAGAUUAUUAUGGCAGCAAAGACCUACGAGUAUGAGGAGGGUCUCAUCACGCCGCACCUCUUCAAGCCAUCAAAACAUUUCUUCAGCGUUUUGGAAGACAUCACUAAGACGCCGCUAUUCGCUUACUUGCAUGCAAUGCCGAAGGGUGGCGUGUUGCAUGCGCACGAUACCGCCAUGUGUAGCACUGAUUUUGUAAUACAACUAACCUACCGAGAGAAUUUGUGGGCGUGUCAGCGUAGUGGUGCAUUGGAAGCGGUCGAUUUGCAUUUUGCCAAGAAAAAGCCAACACAUGUGGUGGAAGGUGAAAAUUGUGCGUGGACACUUUUGGCGGAAAUGCGUGAUAGGCAUGGCGCUGCAGCGGUGGAUGAAUAUUUGCGUGAACGCUUUACAUUAUAUCCGAAAGAGAAAUUCCUUGAUAACAAUGAGGCUUGGGAGGAGUUUAUGGAAAUCUUUACAUUGUUGGAUGGUUUGGUUACCUAUGCACCUGUGUGGGCGGACUACUAUUACAAUGCGUUGAAGGAGUACCGUGCCGAUGGCGUACAGUAUUUGGAGUUCCGUAGCACAUUGCCAAGGCUCUAUGACUUGGAAGAUAACGAGUACACCGAGCUGGACACUGUGCGCAUUUAUAAGGAAACCUUGGAAAAAUUCAUGCAAGAUUACCCAGACUUCAUCGGAUCGAAACUGAUCUAUGCGCCGAUACGUAAUACAAGCCCAACACAAGUUGAGGAGUAUAUACGUAUCUGCAUUGAAAUAAAGGUUAAAUACCCCGAUUUCAUUGCUGGUUUCGACUUGGUUGGCCAGGAAGAGCUUGGACGCCCACUUAAAGAUUUCAUACCGCAAUUAUUAAGCAUGCCUGCUGAUAUCGAUUUUUACUUUCAUGCCGGUGAGACGAAUUGGUAUGGUUCCGAUGUUGAUGAAAAUCUAAUCGAUGCAGUGCUGCUCGGUACAAAGCGUAUCGGUCAUGGCUUCGCGCUCACCAAACAUCCGCUCGUAUUGCAGGCGUUGAAGGAGCGCAACAUACCCGUCGAAAUCAAUCCCAUUUCCAAUCAGGUGUUACAACUCGUCAGCGACUAUCGCAAUCAUCCCUGUUCACACUUUUUCGCUAACAAUUACACAGUUGUGAUCUCAUCGGAUGAUCCAUCGUUUUGGCGCGCCACACCGCUCUCACACGAUUUCUAUAUUGCAUUCUUGGGCAUCGCUUCGGCGCAUGCCGAUAUGCGUUUGCUAAAGAAGUUGGCGAUCAAUUCGUUGGUCUACAGCGCAUUGAGUGAGGAGCAGAAGAAGGCGGCACUGCAGAAGUGGCAAGAAAAGUGGAAUGUGUUCAUUGAAAAUACUACAAAUGGUGGUGAAAAUGGUGCUGCCUAUCUGCGACUGCAGACGAAUCGGAUCGCCUGACUAGCACGGAUGGUGGCGGCGUUCAUAUUGUUGCCUGGUGUAUUCAUGCGUUUGAUGGGUAGGCGGUGAGAGUUGCUAUGCUGUGGGUAGUGUAGCAGGAGUAGUAGGUGAAGCGCAUGAGUAGCGGCAGCAAUAAUAGCGUCAGUCGGGCUUGAAAA